UCUCUCUCCCCACUCUCUUUUCUCAGUCCUCGUUUCUCUCCGUACCUCUUCUCAAACUCCGAUCGCCGGACCUGGCCGUCAUGCACCCACGACGGCGAUCCAAGUUCCGGCCCCCCGCCCAAGGCCUUCUGCUCAUAAAUGCAACCCUGUAAUCUUCUGGAACAUAAAUAUCAAAACAUUCCAUACAAACAAAACUCAUUUCUCUCGGUUGCUAAAAUGGCGGCAACCAAUAGCUCCACCCAGCCCGCCGAGCCGCCUCCGCCGGGGCUUACGGCAGAGGAGCUGGCGGCGAAGGCGGUGCACAAAAGGUACGAAGGGUUGGUGAUGGUACGGACCAAGGCGAUCAAGGGCAAAGGAGCCUGGUACUGGGCGCACCUCGAGCCGGUUUUGGUUAACCACCCGGAAACUGGUCUGGCCAAGGCCGUGAAGCUGCGGUGCUCUCUCUGCGACGCCCUUUUCUCUGCUUCGAACCCUUCGAGAACCGCUUCGGAGCAUCUCAAGCGAGGGACUUGCCCCAAUUUCGUCUCCGCACCAAAACCCAUCAGUUCCGUUUCGCCGUCGUCGAUGCCUGCGCUUGCUUCGCCGUCUUCCUCUUCGCACCACCGGAAAAGGUCGUCUUCUCCGUACCAGGUUCCGCCCCUUGCUAUUGUUGAUCCGUCGAGGUUCACGGCGCUGUCGGUGACUACUGUUGUAACGGCCUCUGCGUCUGCUGGCGGCGGCAGUUCGUUGUAUUCUCCGCAGCAGCAGCAUUUGAUUUUGUCGGGUGGGAAGAAGGAUUUCGGAGCUUUAGCCAUGUUGGAAGAUAGUGUGAAGAAGCUGAAGAGUCCGAAGCCGUCGCCUAGCCCGGUUCUGAGUAAAAACCAGAUUGAUUCGGCCCUGGAUAAUCUAGCCGAAUGGGUGUAUCAAUCCUGUGGGUCGGUCUCGUUUUCGGGUCUUGACCAUCCAAAGUUCAAAGCUUUCCUUAGCCAGGUCGGAUUACCGGCGGUGUCGCCGCGGGAUUUCGCCGGCGCUAGACUGAAUGCUAAGUACGAGGAAGCAAAGGCCGCGUCAGAAGCGAGGAUCCUAGACGCCAUGUUCUUUCAGAUUUCAUCGGAUGGAUGGAAGUCUAAGAACUAUGGGCUUGGAGGAGAAGAGAAUUUGGUGAAUUUGGCUGUGAAUCUUCCCAAUGGAACUAGUGUUUUCCGAAAGGCGGUGUUCACGACUGGUUCUGUGCCUUCCAAUUACGCCGAGGAGCUUUUGUGGGACACCAUUAGGGACACAUGCGAGAAUUCUUUGCAGCAAUGUGUAGGUAUAGUUGCAGACAAGUUUAAGGCCAAGGCAUUGAAGAGUUUAGAGAGUCAACACCCUUGGAUGGUUAACCUUUCUUGUCAAUUUCAAGCGUUCAGUAGUUUGAUCAAGGACUUUAUUAAGGAGCUUCCUUUGUUCAAGAAUGUGACUGAGAAUUGCCUUAAGUUAGCAAAUUUCGUCAAUAGCAAAACUCCAAUUCGAAAUGCUUUUCGCAAGUACCAAUUUCAGGAGUAUGGACAAGCCGGGUUAUUGAGAGUACCCCAUGAUUGUGACAAAUCAAACUUUGGACCUCUGCAUUCUAUGGUAGAGGACAUACUGAGCUACGCUCAAGCACUUCAGUUAGUCGUUCUUGAUGAAGAGUAUAAGACUGUGUCCAUGGAGGAUCAAAUUGCUAGAGAGGUUGAGGACAUGACGAGGGAUCCCCAUUUUUGGAACGAACUGGAAGCAGUACACUCAUUAGUUAAACUUAUCAAAGGAAUGGCUCAGGAAAUUGAGACAGAAAGGCCACUGGUUGGGCAAUGCAUUCCUCUUUGGGAUGAACUCAGAGGGAAAGUGAAAGACUGGUGUUCAAGGUUCCACAUUGCUGAAGCUUCUGUGGAGAAGUUGGUAGAUAGACGGUUCAGGAAGAAUUACCACCCAGCUUGGGCUGCAGCAUUUAUACUCGAUCCACUUUAUCUAAUUAGGGACACAAGUGGGAAGUAUCUACCGCCCUUCAAAUGCUUGACGCCCGAUCAAGAGAAAGAUGUGGACAAGCUGAUAACCAGGCUGGUAUCGAGAGAGGAGGCUCAUAUUGUGCUAAUGGAGUUUAUGAAAUGGAGAACAGAAGGGCUUGACCCGGUAUAUGCACAAGCUGUGCAGUUCAAGCAGAGGGACCCUAUUACAGGAAAAAUGAAAGUAGCCAACCCCCAAAGCAGUAGGCUUGUCUGGGAAACUCACCUUACCCAAUUCAAGUCUCUGGGCAAAGUUGCAGUCAGGCUCAUAUUUCUUCAUGCAACCUCGUGUGGGUUCAAGUGUAAUUUCUCUUUCUUAAGAUGGGUGAAUACGCAUGGUUGCUCUAGGGUAGGCAUGGAAAGGGCUCAGAAAUUGAUAUUUAUUGCUGCUCACUCGAGGCUUGAGAGGAGGGAGGUUUCCAACAAUGAAGAAAAGGAUGCUGAGUUAUUCACCUUAACAAACGGUGAGGAUGAUGUAUUCCAUGAGGUUUUCAUUGAUGCAUCUUCGGUGUAACAAUUCUUUCCUUUUUGAGAUAUUAGACUUGAAUUCUUUUUUUACUUGUUGCAUUUUGCUUUCAUGUAUAUUCCCCUUGUAGAGGAUUUUGAGGCCUUUAGAGGGCAACAAACACUGAUAAGAAGUUUAGUUAUUAUCUCUGCUAAAGAAGUUGUCUUCAUGCUGUUCCUCACUCCCAUCUAGGUAUGAUUGUUUUGAUUCACAGAAAGAAAAUUUUGGGGUUUGUGCCUACAGAAGUUGCUUUAGCAACUUGAGUUAUAGACCGGAGGAUGAUAGAAAUUUUUACUCCUCCAGUAAUUCAGGAAAAUAAUAUUCAUGGAGAAGGGUUUAACUUCUCCCUUGGUUUUAUAUACAUAAUUGCUACUGAUGGAUGAACAAAUCCUAUAUGGUUCUCUUCUUUUUAAGACUUGCAGUUUGCUUAAAAACAGCCUUUGAACUUGAACUUGAACUUGCUGGAGCUUGCCUUAGUCCUUCAUAUCCCACCCCCCACAUUCUAAUUUACAUAUUUAUAUAAUUGUUUGAUUAUUUCAGCAUGAAAAUUGAUUGUCAUUUAUUAAGUAGCUAAUUCAGUCCUUCGUAUGCUGUUCUUCACAUUCUAAACUCGUGGGUAUUGCCAUCUGGGUGAUCCAUGACAUCUUGCCAUCAUUAGCCACCCAUUUUGUGAGGUAUUAGUCUUCCAUCAUCUAAAUUCAUUGUGGCUGAUUCUCUGUUCCUUUUAGUUUGCAAUUUCAUAUACCAAGUGGCCAGCAUUCUCAAGUUCAAAAUUUUACUAGGUCAUGGAUCUUUUGUCUGAUCUGAUGAGCUCAUAUAUUCUUUCACCCGCCCUUAGAAGCUUGAUAGACUGUCUAUGCUGCUCUCCCUUGUUUCUUUGCCUAAAACUCUUGGUUACCUGUUAUAUUUUGUAUCGUAACUUAUUUUUUUGAAAUACAGAAGUUUUUGCACCAUAUGCUAGUCCUUUGAUCUGAUAAUAAAAAGUGUCAAUGUGGAUUUUUACAUCUAAAUCUGGCACUUAAAUGGGAUUGCAUGAGCCUUAAAUAGUAUCAUGUCUAUUGGUGCUCUUGAGUCCACUUCUGGAUUGACUUCGGGAUUUGGAUUAGCUGCUAACCUACAUCAGUCCUAUAGAACUAAUUAUAUGUACUCCUUGCAACAGAUGAAAUUAUUUAAGAUUCCUUCCUUGCCGACGUUGCCGUGUAGUAUUACACAACUCUUUGUAUUCAUACAUUUUAAGUUUUAUCAUUUGCUCUUGUCCGUGACUGUUCGACAUUAUUUUGUUGAUAAUGUUGGUCAAACUAGUUCUGUGUGCCUGAGAUGUUAGCCUUGUAAGAUUUGAUGUUUUUUUGCAACAUUUGAGUGGGUUAGUUGAAGGAUGAGCCGACAUAUCUGUUAAUUCGUCUUUUUGG